AUGACGCGCAUCGUGAUCGUUGGAGGUGGUCCAGCUGGAAUCAACACCGCUCAGGCCUUGGCGAAGAAUCUCACUGACGCUGACAAGACUGAAGUGGUGGUGCUAGAGAAGAACGCCUACUUCUAUCACGUUAUUGGUGCCCCACGAGCAUAUGUCGACGCAAACUUCACUAACAAGAUGUUCGUUCCGUACGACAACGCAAUUCCCAAGAACGCCGCCAAGUUUGUUCGGAUCGUGCGCGGUAUCGCCACGCAGAUCUCCGCCAACUCGAAUGAGGUUCUAUACAGAGCGAUCGACAGGUACGACAAGGAAAGUAAUACAACGGCAGCGCUGCACUUCGACUACUUAGUACUGGCAAUGGGAAGCACGUACACCGUGCCAAUCAAGCAAGACAUCCACGACUACGCUCGAUCCGCAACGGAAUCCAAGCUGCAGCUAGUGCGCAGCAACAUCGAGACUGCAAACAAAAUUUUGGUCGUGGGUGGAGGUGCCGUUGGCUGUGAGAUUGCGGCCGAGAUCAAGGCAAAGCACCCCAACAAGUCGGUGACGAUCCUUGACGCCAACACGAAGCUGAUCUCCGGCAGCAACCUCCGCGAAAAAUUCUACGUGAAGUUGAACGCUUCUCUCGCUGAACUAGGCGUGGAGGUAAUUUUGGGUGAACGUUUGACGGAGAGGCUGACCGGCAAUGGGUUCGAGAGACGCACGCUCAGAACAAACAAAGGCACAGCGAUUGAAUCGGACCUCCAGCUGCUGUGUGGUGGCUUCCACCCCGUCGCGGAACUUGUGCAAGACAUGGAUCCGCACCUGGUGACGGGGCGAGGGGCUGUCAAGGUGAACGAGCAAUUGCAAUUAGAAGGUGUGAGGUACUCGAACAUGUUCGCUCUGGGUGAUGUGUGCAACCAUCCGUCACCGAAGAUGGCGUUCAUUGCUGGCGAACAAGGCAAGUUCCUGGCGGGUGAACUGAUUGCGGUGAUUCGUAAGAAAAAGCCGAGUUUCAACAAGCCGUUCCCUGGAGCAGCAACGGAGGUCAUGGUGUUACCGCUUGGUCCGAACGGAGGGGUGACUCAGCUACCCAUGUUCGGAGGAGUUGUUAUGGGCAACUGGGUCACGAAAAUGAUCAAAUCCAAGGACUACUUCGCCGGUCAAACCUGGUCCAGCCUCGGUGCCAGCGUCCCUAAGUAG